AUGAUGUCGAGCAACUAUUCAAACUCCUCCUCUAAAUACUCACAGAACUUGCAGCAUAUUCAAGUAGAAGAGCUGCUCGAGUUUCUUCAUGAAGCAGGAAUGGACGACGGAGAGGUAAACUCGCAAUACAGCUGGGUUGCCGGCAAAUCGACGGAGGGCAAGACUGGCAUGGAAGAGUAUCACCCGAUCGACUCCAAUACUGAAAUACCGGGGCCCUCGAGCUCUCCUUUUUUCCCGUCGCCGCCCCGUCCAUCCUCAAUACCAAAUCAUCCUUCGCCUCCAUUCACUAUUUCUCCGUCAUCAUCCUCGUCUAGCAGCUUUGUUCAGGUCUUACCGUCAAGUAGAUCGGAGUUUGUACAAAAAAGUCCGCUCCUCGGACUUGGACAACCACAUCGCGCCCAGCCUUAUCCUCCUUUUGGCAUGACAAAGCAGAAAUCGUCCUCGUUGAAGCCAAGCCACCAACCAAUGCACCAGGAUGAGCCUGAAAUCGGCAUUCCGGGCAGAUCUUUAGUUCCCUUCGAAGAAAACGCCUUCAACAUUUUCCACGAACACCCGCCUGCGGUUGCGCUGCCAGCUUCGUCGUCGAUGAACAGUCUGGAGCCGCUAAAUUCCGUCUCCUUCCACCAGACACUCGAACAUCCGGCUUCCAAGCAAAAAUACUCGGUCACAACAGCAGAUCUCUGCUCAUUUCUUCAAAAGAAAGGAAAGUUGAUAGAAAACAGCAUGGUACCCACUCAAAAAACAUCCGACGAAAUCAACGAACUCAUCCGCAAAUUUUGCUCUGCCAAGGACCUUACUUUCAUGACACAAAGUGAAGCGAGCGAUAUAAUCAGAUCCGACUUCAAAGUUGAAAAAGUUCCGCUAAAGGGAAAACGCGAGAAUGGCCAAUUCAGCUGCAUGGUGUGCCCGAUUCUACAAAAUCAUGGAAGAGGUUUCGAGCGCAAGGAGGAUCUCAAGCGCCACUACCAGCUUCACUUCAAGUCGCUACUGAAAAAUAUUCAGUUCGCGCGAUUCCACUGCCGCCACUGCAGUUAUGGAAACAGCCGGACGGAUCAUAUGAAGAUGCAUAUUCGCAAGUGCCACGCCGGGCAGGACGAGAAGGACUACAUUAAAACGUAA